GUAUGUGUUGUGACAUGAUAACGAAAUGGCGGUAUUGCGUGCGUAAUACUUAUACAUGUUGAAGACAGAAAUAAAGUUUGUCAGAAAAUCAUUUGCGGAGAAGAAUUUGGUGACAUUUCUCGCUCACAGAUAUGUGCCUUCGAAUGUUUGCGAAUCACAUGUGUGAACAGUAAAGUUCCGACACGACGAAAUGGUUGACGGAACUGAAAAUCACGAAAGAAACCUCUUGGUGCUGGAGAAUGAUCACGCAGCAGUAUCCAGCAAGGUGGAAGCUGUUAAAGAGAUAUGCAGGUUUGAUACACUUCGGUGCAUAAAAAAUGAUGGAGAUCUGUUAACUCGUUUUCUGAGUGCAGUUAUAAAGUUUUUAGAGACUUAUCCAAAUGAAUGCUCUAACGCUGUUCUUGAUGUCUUAGAAUCUGCAAUUUCUGACAUUUUAAAAUUGAAGGACACAUUUCCACUGACCUCACAUUUGCUGAACAUUAUCUGUGCGGUUGUACAUACUGGUGAACCAGAAUUGCUUGCUUCUAAUAAUGGUAACAGAGAAGCCAAUGAGAGGAAAUCGGAGGAUAAGUUUUCUGAUGGAAAAGAGGGCUUGCCAGAUAAGCUGGUUAGACUAAUGAAAUGCCUGAAUCUCUGUGAUAAAAGUGUUAUGUGGGAAAACUUGGGUAGUGCACCAAAUUUUGCGAAGUACAUAGGUGUAAUAUUAAAAUGCAUGAAUAUGAGGGGUAGUUCUGACAGUGUUCUAACUGAUCUUCGGCAACAAACAUUAAGGACGGUGUUCAGAAUUUUUAGCAAUGUGAAGCAUAUGGGUGUGAAUCCUGUAAAUAAUGAGACACUCAGUGAGUGGGUGGAAAUAUUGUUGUCAUUUGUGUUUGAUAACGACGACGACAUUCAGAAAUCUGCAGUACAUGGUUUGCAUUCAAUGUGGACAUGUUUUGCUGCUAGUGGCUGGACGAAGGAUUUUUUAUGUUCUCCUGAACUGAAGAAACAAAUAAAGUCAGAUUACUGCCCUAAGCUAAUAAAGCUUGUUGAAUCUCCUGAGCGUGUGGAACCGAGCUGGGAAGUCGUAUGGUGCCUCCUGGUGGACCUUCUGGCAAAUCAAUUGCUGUCAAACCAGAACAGUCAGUUGACAAACAGCAUGCUUGCUGUGGAAGAAAGAGCAUUUAAACGCAGUGACAGAGCUCCAGCUUUCAAAUGUUGGAAGUACCUAAUUGAAAAGUUGUGUGCUUCAAAUGGUCAAGAUAUUAAGAAGCACCUGAAACUUUUACUACAGCCACUAGUUAUUAGCAACACCAAAAAUGAACAGUUGAUUCGUUUGAAACAUGAGGUUUUUUGGUUCUUUGUUUGCUGCGCAGCACCUUUGUGUGAUGACUGCAGUGUAGUUCUUAAUGCAUUUCUCAGAUUCAACUUUGGAAUACCUGAUCAGACUGAUCUGAGUCAUUUCAAUCUUUCUGUUAGCAACAGCUCUGUUGCUGGCAAUGGAAAACAUGCAUUUUCUGGCCUGAAGAGAAACUUCCACAUUUUUCGAUCUGGUUGCAUUGAUAGAUUAGCACAAGUUUUGUGUCCUACUGCACCAGAGAGCAGAGAUGAUUUUCAGUUUGAAUCACCAAAAUUGUCUGUCGCUGUAAUUAAAUCACCAGCACAGUUUCUGCGGCUUCACCCACUGAUCCUCUAUUGUGCAUGUUCUGCAGUGUUGAUUGUGGCAUACCGGAAGAACAAAGAAGCACAGGAAGUGCUGAAUGUUGUGUGGGAGUCAUUAGUUUACCAUAUGAAAUCUCUCAUCACAUCAGAGAAUUCUCAAAAAACAAAAGUAACAGAAGUAACUAGAGAGUUUUUAUGCUUCUUGCGCAGCAUGAGCAGGCAGUGUAGUGACGACAGUUUCUCAUCCUUACUACUGUCACCAGUGUUUGAAAAUGUGAUCUGUGGAAGGAAUUGUUUUCCUCCUGCCUUCCUUUCAUCUAGAUUAUGGCACAUGAAAAUGGCUGAUGAUAUGUUACCAACACCUGCAGCAGUGCUUGUGGAAUGUCUUCUCACACCUCCUGUUGUACCACAAGAUGAUCAGAGUGACAGGUUUCAAAGAAUGAUGGAAGUUUUGGUAGAGUGCGGUUUUUCGUCAGAGUGUCCCCUGGAUCUUGCCCUUGGCAUAAUGAGGCGCCUUGAAGUUUGCUCAUAUGAAUGUGAUGAGACAAAAGCUCUCACUGUGUACUUCACAUGGUAUUCUCUUGCAAGAAAAUUAACAACUGUCAUUGACAAGUUUCUUGAAGUGGAUCCAGAUCUGAGAAAUAAACUACUUGAGAUGCUGCUCGGGUUUCCAAUUACACGAGCAGAUUACUUCAGACUUGCUGCUGACAAGCUUACAGAUGAAAAACAGAAACCUUUUGAUGUUUGGCGAAGUAUACUCUCCAGUGCUGUUACUCAUUGCGCAGAGGAAGAUAAGUUGAACAAUAAAAUGUGUGUUCAUCUGUGUUCAAAGCUGAUGGUAUAUCUGAAGAAGGACCUAAACCAGCAGCAGGGUUUAUAUAUAUCAAAGUUUAUUCGUGUGCUUGGAGAAACUGUGCCCUGGAAAGAUGUAACAAGUCAUCUUGUUCACAGCUUGGCUGAUAUAGACUGCCACAUGGAGCUGCUUGAUGAACCUUGUGAACAAAUGUCAGGGAUUAUUGAUGUUCUUCUGAGUCUUUACAAUCAUGUAAUUAAGUAUGAAGAUAGUUCUACUGAAAAAUGCAGUGAAUCCCUUAGAAAUUUGGGAAUCUGUCUGACUACAGUCUGUGAAGCUAUACUUAAUGAAGUUGUAUUCCUGUCAUUUGUUAUAAAGUUGAAAUAUGUUAUAGCAUUCUUAAUGCUAAACUUUUGCAAUGGAGCUGAUGAAGUUCUUGAACGUGAUUUCAUUUGUUGCUGGAUGAAGAUCACACACUCUAUUGAAAGGCACUGGGGCCACAUUAAGAGCGAAUCAUUGACUGCAGCAGUUAUUACAAUGCUGAAAGCAGUAGCAGAACAUGGAUCAAUUGAAAUAUUGAGAUAUACAUUGAAAUUCUGGAUUGGCUUGCCUCCAAAAUGUAGUGACUUAACUCCAAAUUUGAGACAUGAAAUUGAAAAUAUGUUUGUUGAAAUGGACAGUUCUUUAAAGAGAAAAGAAGAGAAGUUGAAAUGUAAUAAAAACAAAACUGGUUCCAACAAGAAGAGAGUUAGUUUUGCUGAUAAACCGGCUGUUACAACUUACAGUCCUGUAUCGGUAGAUCCAACUCAUUUAAAUGAACUGUCAGAAAAAAUUAGCUCAGUGAAAAUUCAAGAAAACCGAGCAGCAGUAACACUUGAUGGGGAGGAAGAUUCCUCUUCGCUAUUCUCUCAAAACUGCCAUGAACAUAAUUUUCCAGAAGGCCGUGUUGUGGUAAAUGAGACACCAACAGUAACUGAUACAGUCAGCCAGAAUGAAAGUAGUGAUGACACCAUAGGCUUAGUGCGUUCGAAAAAUCCUUUUGCUAGAAGUUUCUUCAACGAUAGACCGAGACGGGGGAAUUUAAUGACAACAGAAGAGAAGACAAAUGUUACUGUAGAUAACAAAACUAUAGAACCACUACAUGCUUACAAUAAAGUAAAUGUUUGUAAAAAGGACAAAAAAAUUACGUUGGUAGAUGGUACUAGAACAGAACAAGAAGGCAGAAACAUAGAUAAUUCUUCAAAAGUGUCAGUUCAAGAAAAAAACUGCAAAAGUGUGGCUGAUGACGUUAGUUCUGAAUGUGAUCUUGAGGGGGGAAAUGAUCAUAAAAAUCAUGAAAAUAGUGGUGAUCAAAUUGAGGCAGAAUCUGAUAAAGAGACUAGUGGCACUCAAUGUUUGGUUGCAAGCACACAGCACAAUAAAUCACAACUCUCUUUAAGAAAAAGCCAUGAAAUGUUAGAUGAUAAACAACAUAAGUUAUCUGUUAAGACAUUCAAAUCUGAUGACCAGUUAGAGAGCAACAAAUCUGUUCCUAGAAUUGACAAUGGGCAUUUGAUGGAAGUAGAAAAUGACAGUAUUACAGGGAAACACCUUUCUAUCAACGAUGGACAUAGACAGAAUCUUGAUGUCAAAAACAGUAACACCAAAGAAGACAAUCAUAGUGAGAGUAGUGUAAACAUUUCUGUUACUGAAACAGCAGAGGCUAAACCUCUUUCACUGUUUGGGAAAGUUUGCGAGAGGAACAUUCCAAAACAGCAAAUUUCACCGUCUGUAGAAUCUUGUCCAAGAAAAGAAGUGCCUGCACAGAUGGAAUCUUCAGAAGAUACCAGUUUGGAGACAUUAUCUGACCAAAACUCACAGUUUGCUAAACCAGAAGAAAAAUGUGCUGUACGAAGGAGAAAGUCCUUGCAAGCCGCUGAUUUCCCUGUUCGUCACUCUCCGAGGAGACCACUUACCAAACACCAGAAAGAGUGUCUAAAAAGGAAACGGGAUGAUAUUCCAGCACUUUACUGUGAUCUCUCUGAAGACUCACAGAGCUCUACAUUUUCUGAAAUGUCACAGGAUGAUUCACAGAUCAGUAUACCAGAACGACUGUCGUGGUCAAAACCAGCAAGACCAGAAGAGAAACAACUGUCAUUUGCACAUUUGAGACGUGUAAAAAAACCGAAUUCCUUGUCAUCUCUCAUCCAGAAAACUCUUGAAGUACCUGAGGAAGAGUCAAAAAAUACAAUCAGUAAAGGAAAGCAGUUUUCUGAUGCCGCUUCUCCAGAGGCUAAGGUUCGUAAAAUUGAUACCGCUGACACAGAGCACAAAGACCCUGCAGGACGCGAGCGUAACUGCCAAGUGAAUGUCAGUUUAGGACGUACUCUUGCUUCGGAAGAUGGCUCUGUCUUAAACCUUAAAGACAGCACUGAACAUAUAGCUGAAAAUCAGCUUGAUGCUGAUGCAGCUGCUGAUAGCAAUAAUUCUGUUAAAGACGACAAAGAAAAUUCUUCAUCUAUUAAGUCUCUUAGCAGUCGUACUGACAACAGUGAACCAGCCAUCUCUUCUGUCAGAACAAUGAUGUCAGAAAACAGUCCGAACCGCAGGAAAUCAUUGCGUCCAUUGAAAAGGAUCAUCAGAAAUGUGGGGAAAAAUUCUGUAAAUAACAAAGUUGGCCAUAUCAAUAAGUGGAGAACACAGACCAGGAGAGAAUUAUUGCACCCACUAAAAAAGAUGGUUACCAACAAGGGCAAGAAUUCUAAAAGUUCUAAAUUCAAGUUAUUACAGGGAGGAUUGUUAAAAGAUAAGAAAAAUCUGUCUCCUGGAUGUGGUGCUGUUAACGAGAACACCACUGAUGUUUCAGCAAAUUUGUGCUUGUCCAAAUCAACAGUUUUGGAGACAGUUUCUAUUUCUGAAAAAAAUCAACUUAAUUGUAGUACAAGUGAAGCCACUGGUAUUAACUCCUCAAAGCGUACUACGCCAUCACCACUAAAGGACUUGACACAAUCUAAGAUUGAUAAAUAUACAUUAAGAUCAAGACUGUCACCUGAGGGAAGUGUCCCACAAACAAAGAAAUCUGUUCAGCAUGAGCACCAACAAAUGAAAAGCCUCACCUCUGGUGGGCUGUCAUCCUCUUUAUUAAGGAAUGUUGAAGUAUCAGUUGAAAUAAACCAAAAAGAAGUUCAGGAUGCAGAAAAUGUAAUGCGAAAACGUAGGGUCACUGAAAUGGUGAAAUCAGAAUCUAACAGUAAACUGGAGCAAUCCACAGACAGUAAAAAAACAACUGUAAAACCAGAUGAUGAAGUUUCAGUGCAGUUGAAGCUGGCAUCUACAGAUAAAGAAACAGCUGAAAAACUGAUAUUUGAAAGUGUUCCCACAGGCCAACAGGAUGACUCAAACACUGAGAAAAGCAAAUCCACGAAGUUACGUGGCAGGCCUAGGAAAUCAUUAAGCACAAAACCUGAAACUACUGUUAAAGAUUUGUGUGAUGUGUUACCUGAGACUUCAAAACACAUCAGUGUUAAUGCAAAUGAUAAAAGUUCAGUAUCAGAGGAACAUCCACAAAAUGCAGAUGGUAUUAAGACCCGUAAAGCAAGACAAAGGAGUGUUAGUGAGGGCAGUAAAACUGGUGUUGAAUGUGAUAAUCAGUUGGGGAAAUCUCACAGAAAAGAAAAGCGUGUGACUGGAUUACUUAGAACUGGGGACAGUGAUUUGUCUUCAUCUUCCAAAGAAGAUAUCCACGAAUGCACAACACUUCAGAGUGAAAAUGAACCAUGUGAGGAGUCACUUUCACUUAAUACUGUGACUGUUCCAAAUGAUACUUGCAGAACUGAAAUAGACACCUCCAUUAUCAGUGAAGGUGUGUCCCGCUCAUUUCCACAGACAGAAGAAGUUGUUAAAUUAAACAGUAGCGACACAUUGCAGAGUGUGUCUACGUGCGGGGAAGAACACGAAAUAAAAUCUACAAAAGAUGAUAAAGCAGGAUGCAGUGUGAAUAAAACAUCAGGCCAUUUACCAGAUUCUGUGGAUGUACAGCAGUCAGACAACUUGAAACUUGUGUCAGGACCAUAUGUUCAUUUAACGAACAUUAAUGCCAAGUCAAAUGUUGGAAACAAUUUUAACGAACAGUCAAAGUGUACUGUAGGAAGUGAAGAACAGAAGUCCUUGCAGCAGAGUUGUUUGGACACAGAAGAUUUUGUUGAGGAUUCUCAAGAUCUCACAUUGUUGUCCAACAAGAGGACACGAAAAUGGACACGAAGGGCAAGUGAUGGAAGGAGCACCAGAAGCAGUGCUGAUUCAAGAUCUCAGCCGUUAAUAACACCUGGAAGUAACAAUGCUGAUGCAUCACAGUUGGCUAAAUUAAAAGCCCCCAGAGCAAAUGAAGAGAAAGGAACUACCACUGUCAGCCUAGUGAAGACGACUUCAGAAAGUGGUUGCUGUGAGCCUAUUAAUGAAAUUAUGGAUUUAGGUCCCUCAUUUGAAAGCACAGUUAAACAGAACACGUCUAAAGAUAGUUAUGACUCUGCAGAUGCAUGUGUUGAGGAACAUUCAUCUGCAUCCAUUCCUUCUGUACAUAAAGUUAAUAAUUUAAAUGAUAAAGAAAUAAAUAUGCUUCACACACUUGGGACCAUUGUUUCAGAGGUAAAAGAUAGCAACACUGUACCACUUCAAGAUGGACAUAAUAGUGAUCCAUGUAAAGACACAGUGAAACCUGUAGGUGCAAAAGAUUCAGAACUAGUCAUGAAUACUGCAGACAACACUGUUGUGCCAAAGGUUGCCACAGACAAACUGCAUAGUUCAUCAAAUGUGCCUCCUGUCAGUACAUCAACAAUGAGACGAUCUCUUAGAGCGAGAAAAAAAUCGAAAUCGCACUGUUGCUUAUAUUCAUCGUGCUGCAGACAAGUGGAUACAAACAAGACUCGUAUAGCAAGAAGAAUAACUGCCAGAAGCCUCAGACUAGCAAGGCAAGGGCAGCUGCAGAGAGCUGAAUCACCUGCAGACAGUGGCAGCGUGGUAUCAAAAGUGAAUAUUGAAUUGCAUGGGGAAUCUGAUCUUCAGUCAGCCAGGCAGAAGAUGGAAUACACAGUACAGACUGAGUCGUCCUUAGAACAAACAUGGUACAAAGAAUACUCAAAAGACCAGAAAGAGGUUGAACUACCAGAAACUAAUUCCAAGACUGAGUCUGGUUGUCUUAAGAGAAAAUCUAUUUCUGAUGAAGAAGUACAAAAAGAUGACGUGUCACCAAAAAAGCAAAAAAAGCGAGUGAGCUUCUCUGAUCCAGAUGUCAGUAGCACUUGCUACUUUGAGGAGUAUCCUAUUGAGGAAAUGCAUAAAGACUAUCAGUGGAUUGCACGCUCAGGAGGAAUGGAAGAUGAAAAGUCAGAGGACCAGCUUGCCGUAGAUCUGGAAGAUUUAAGAGAUUAUUCUGAAAAUGUUGAAGAGGAUACUAGCCUUCUGGACAGUCAGUCCCCAAUCUGGCCCAGCUUAGCUGGUUGUACAUACCCUGUUGAAGAAGUUGUGAAAUUUGUGGUGGCACCUACAUGGGCCAGAAAUGCUGUAAGGUAUUUUGAAGAGCAGGGGAUAAAAACAAUUGGUGAUAUAAGCAGUAUGGAUGAAGCAAGAAUCAGUGCAUUGCCUUUAAGGGAGCCAAAAGUUGCAGUUGUUAAGAGGGUUCUUAAGGUUUAUGAAGAAAAGCUCAACAGAAUCAAAGCUGGAGCUACAGCAGCAGAAGUUAAUUCAUCACGUUCCCGAAGAAAGGGUCAGCGGAUUCAACAAAGAGGGGGAUUGGCAGCUGUAAUUCGGAAAUCUGAUGAUUGCAGUUCUCAGAAGUUAGCGGAUAAAAACUACACAGUGAAUUUGGAAGGCUUUCAGAAUAAAAGUUCUGAAGUUUGUGAAAUGGUAUUCAAAUCGUUUGGCGACUCUCUCUGUGACAAUGACAGACUACAGUAUCAUUCCGAAGAAAGUAAUAGUACAGAUGCCCAGAAAAAUUCAUUAGGUAGUGGUCGUAGCUCUCUAGUGCAGAAGGCAGAUAAGAUUUUACUCUCAAAAUUACCAAACACUGACACAGAUCAAACACAACCUGCCAUUGAAACAAGCAUCAGUAGACAAUGUACAAAUGAUACCAAAGAUGAAACUUACUGUUCAGGAGUUAGUAAAUCGAAGAAUAAAAUCUCCUCCCGCUCCUCAGGCUAUGAUGAGUGCACAAAGGACUUAUCGCUACCCAGUCAGGCUGUUGAGAAAAUAAUGAAUGAUGAUAAUGCAGAGCCCAAAGAUAAUAACUUGAAUCAGACAGCAGCAAGUGAAGACAUAGAAACCCUAAACACAAAACAAAAUCAUCAGAAACCUGUACAAGAAGGAUUGGUGGUUGUGUCCAAUGAGACUGUAACAGUGAGAAAUUUGGUGAAGACAUAUGUUGGAAGAACAGAAGAGAGACAAGAAAAAGUUGUUCCAGCGGAUUCUCUUGUGGGUGUAAAGGAGGCCAAUGAAAAUUCUACACAAUGGCAAGAUGAUGUGUUAAACCAAAAAGAAUUUGAUUCAAUUUUGGGAGACUGGAAUAUAGCCAUGAGUGAUGAUUUAUUGGAAGCAGGAUGCAGGGAAAUACUUGAAAAUGGUAAUUGUAAGGAAGACAGUGUCCGGUCGGAUAACGAGUUCACAGUGUCUACCAACUUGCGACAAGCCAGAGGAGCUGCUGUGUUUGCAUCUCAUACAGCAUCUGGAAGUGGAAACAAAACAGUAACAGGCCAUCAUACUGUGAUUCAGGAUGAAAAAACCAAAGACAGUGCUGAUUGCAGCAUUCCAGAGCUGAAGACUGCAAUUGAGAAACAUUCUCUUGUGAAUGUCACACGAGAAAUCUUGAGGUUGUGGAGAUACAGGGAAAGGUUACGUCAAGAUAUUACUGUUGGAAACUUGCUGAACAGACUGGAGAAUGCGGAAGUAACAGACUUAAAGCAGCAAACUCACUCAGUUGCUGUACAGGCAAAUAAUUGUUUGUGUGACCCUCAAACUAUUAGCACUUUCAAGAUGAUUUAUGAGAAAAUUAGUUUUCCUGGAGAAAGCAAGACGUAACUGGUCAACAGAUAUGAAGGGCAAAUGCUUAAUGGGAAGAAAGACUCUUGAAAACGGUUAUUUAUCUUCUUUUUUCCAUUGCAUUUAGUAUUAUUUGUUACAUACUUUGUUCCUAAAAUGGAACAUAAUUCAGUUGUGAAUGUAGUGAAUUGCAACCAUAUUUAUAGCUUUCAUGUGAAAGACUUUAGACAAUAUAUUCAAGCCAUAAAAUGUGAUAAUGUUUGAAUUAUGCAUAUAUCCAGUGUAGUGUGGUAAUGUAUAUUAUAAUACUGUUUGUAUUAUGCUCUUAAGAGUCAGCACAAAA